GAAUAUACCAAAUGCUGAUGAAGAUGGGGAGCAAAUGGAUCUCUCAUAGAUUGCUGGUGGCAAAGAUUUUACUUUAUUCACUCUGAAAAUAAUUUAGCAAUUAGUCUCACAUGUCUGUGGCGUGACCCCUCCCAGUUCUUUAAACAUCAGCUGGGGAAGAGGUCUGAGUAAUACUUGAGAGGGAAGUGGGUUCAUUUCAGUGGCUGACUUCCAGAGAGCAAUAUGGCUGGUUCCCCAACAUGCUUCAUCCUCAUCUAUAUCCUUUGGCAGCACACAGGGUCAACAGCCUCUGGAUCUGUGAAAGAGCUGGUCGGUUCCAUUGAUGGGGCCGUGACUUUCCCCCUGAAGUCCGAAGUAAAGCAAGUUGACUCUAUUGUCUGGACCUUUAACACAACCCCUCUUGUCACCAUACAGCCAGAAGGGGGCCCUAUGAUAGUGACCCAAAAUCGUAAUAAGGAGAGAGUAGACUUCCCAGAUGGAGGCUACUCCCUGAAGCUCAGCAAACUGAAGAAGAAUGACUCAGGGAUCUACAAUGUGGAGAUAUACAGUUCAUCCCUCCAGGAUCCCUUCACCCGGAAGUAUGUGCUGCGUGUCUAUGAGCACUUGUCAAAGCCUAAAGUCACCAUGGGUCUACAGAGCAAUAAGAAUGGCACCUGUGUGACCAAUCUGACAUGCUGCAUAGAACAUGGGGAAGAGGAUGUGAUUUAUACCUGGAAGGCGCUGGGGCGAGCAGUCAAUGAGUCCCAUAAUGGGUCCAUCCUACCCAUCUCCUGGAGAUGGGGAGAAAGUGAUAUGACCUUCAUCUGCAUUGCCAGGAACCCUGUCAGCAGCAACUUCUCAAGCCCCAUCUUUGCCAGGAAGCUCUGUGAAGGUGCUGCUGAUGACUCAGAUUCCUCCAUGGUCCUCCUGUGUCUCCUGUUGGUGCCCCUCCUGCUCAGUCUCUUUGUACUGGGGCUAUUUCUUUGGUUUCUGAAGAGAGAGACACAAGAAGAGAACCAUCCCAAUGGAAGAUGCAGCAAAUACACUUUAUUCCACUGUGGAAAUACCAAAAAAGAUGGAAAAUCCCCACUCACUGCUCAAGAUGCCAGACACACCAAGGCUAUUUGCCUAUGAGAAUGUUAUCUAGAUAGCAGUGCGCUCCCCUAAGUCUCUGCUCAAAAAACAACAAUUCUCGGCCCAAAGAAGACAAUCAAAAGAAUUCACUGAUUUGACUAGAAACAUAAAGGAAGAUUGAAGAACAUUGACUUUUUUCCAGGAUAAACUAUCAUUGACGUUCCUUUAGAUUUAAGAGUUCAUAAUUCCAUCCACUGCUGAGAAAUCUCCUCAAACCCAGAUGGUUUAACUACCCCAUCCCAAAAAUGGGAUUGUGAAUGUCAGCACCCCACAAGAAAAGUGCUUAGAAGUGUUCCUAUAAAAAUGUAAACGCGUCUGGGCACGGUGGCUCACGCCUGUAAUCCCAGCACUUUGGGAGGCCGAGGCGGGCGAUCAUGAAGUUAGGAGAUCAAGACCAUCCUGGCUAACACAGUGAAACCCCGUCUCUACUAAAAA